AAGUGACUACAGCUGGCUUCGUUUAGUUAAAAAUUAAAAAUACGAACAAAAGUUAUUAAACAUGCACUAAACAUGGUAAAUAAUCAAGAAAAACUAUUGAGGUAUUUAAAACAAAUAGAAACACUUGCAUCUGAUAUUCUUGUUGAUAAAAAUGAAAUUGUAAUGCUAGAUAAACGAAGAAAUAAAAAUCGAGAAGCGUUAAGAGAUCUUACUAAAUCAAGUCAGAAGAAAUAUUGGCUCACGGUGGGAUCAAUACUCGUAAAGCAUAAGUUUGAAGAUACUAAAACUCUGCUGGAAGCCGAUCAAAAACAAUUAAAUAUUGACAUAAACAAAUUGAGGAGUGACCUGAAAAUCAAAGUCAAUACAUUGAGAGAUCUGGAAAUGCAACCACCAGUUCCAGGCUUAAUGUUAGUACCUCUGUCCCAGAAAGAAACUGAAGGAUUAACAAAAAGUAAUUUAUUUUCUUUGUAAUGGAAAAGUAAAAUCAAAACUUAAAAUAGUAACAGUAUUUAAUUUUGAUUAUUCAGAAAUGGAGAAUGCUACACUAUUUUAUUGAGGUAAUAGGGGUUUCUGAAAUUUUGCUGACUGUCAUGUAUUUAAUGAGUAGACCAUUAUGAAAGUUCAUGUCAGAAGGUAAAAUUAUAAUAAUAUAUUAUUAUGGGCAUCCCUCGUAUAACACAGUGCUUGUAAAACCCAGUUUUGACAUUACACAGUACAAGAAUUGAGAAUAAUC